AUGGUUUCCAUACAAGCCGAGGCUCAGAGCCGCUCGAAAAGUGAUCUCGCAGAUCCCCGGCCUUCGACAGCAGGAAUGUCCGGAUUUGGAGCUCCUGGUGGCCGCGCCGCCAACAUCAAGCCAUCACCACCAGAGCGAGGCUCCUUCCCACUCGACCAUGACGCCGAAUGCAAAUACAUCAUCUCCUCUUACCUGCGCUGUCUUCGUCGGCAGAAUCCACCCGGCAGAAACACAGACGAGUGCAGAUUGUUUGCGAAGGAAUACCUGAAUUGUCGAAUGGAGAAGGGAUUGAUGGCCAAAGAUGAAUGGGGGAACUUGGGUCUGGAAGGACUACACCAGGACCAAGCGGCGGGUGAAGUGGACAAGAAGAAGAGCUGA